CUGAUUUCUUCAAAACAUGCAAAAACUAACCCCUUGGGCCGAACGCCGUGGGCUUUAGCUAUUGCAUCACCCUAAGAUAGAAGAGGCACUCCUUGCUUGUAAGUUGUUUGCUGAUAUGAAAGGCCUAAAAGGAAAGGAAAAAAAAGAAAAAGGAGUAGCUACAGAGGAAAGCAUAUGCAUAUAUGCUCCUGUUUCAAUGAUUAUUCUUUUCUUUUCCAUCCUUAAACCGGAAAGAAUAAAACUUUUUAGCUUUCUUCACACUCAAAACUUCCAUUACCUCUCUAAGUCUUCACAAACAAUAAAUAUUAGCAGAAAGCAUCUCAAAAUCCAGCAUAACCUCCUAGCAAUCUCUCCAUAAAGACAAUAACGAUGGUGUUCGAAACCAGUAGAUUCUAUCUAUGGUUUCUUCAGAUUAUAGCACUCUUGGGCCUCCUUGCCUUAUGUCUAUGGCUAAGCUUACGUCCCAAAGAACCCACCCACACCAUCUCUAAUUUCUCUGUCCCUCCAUUAGCCAAUGCCAGAACUACUUCCCCAUGUAUGAACCAAGAUCAAAAUAGUACCUUCUGUUAUGAUCUUGCAAUUAAGAACCCAAACAAAGACUCUACUGUCACGUAUGAUGUCAUUGCUCUAACCUUUUUCCUUGGGCAGGACAAUGUGGGUGUGAAUUCAAUUCAUGCUUUUCAACAAUCAAAAGAUCAAACCCUACAAUUACCUAACCAUGUAAAUACUACUCCCAAGAUACAGAAAGCUCUUCUCCGUGCAAUUUCGAAUGCGACAGCAGAGCUGAAGGUUGCUUUAUCAACAAGGAUUCAGUACAAGACCUGGGGCAUUAAGAGUAAGCAUCAUAACCUUGAUUUACAAGGUGUACUGAAAAUCGGUUCGGACGGGAAAUUAUCUAAUAAAAAAGGGAAGGUCGAGCUCGCUCGUUCAUCUAAGAAAUUGAAGUUAAGGUCCUCUAGAUGGCAUUGAAACAACUGUUCAAUUACAUUACGUUGGGCUUAUUCAUGUAUUUGUACAUGUAUGACAGGAUUUUCAUGUAAUUGUUUUUCUCUGUUCUACCGUACAUACAUUCUGUUUUUUUUUUACUGGUGUGUGAACAAUUCUUC